AUGGCACAAUCACCACAACUGCACGAAUGUACAAUCGUGUGGCUGUGUCCUCUUGAAGUCGAGCUUCGAGCGGCUAUUGCCAUGCUCGAUCGAGUCUCUGAUCAUGUUCCUCACCGCGCGCGAGGCCAGCACGUCGUGUAUACAGUGGGAGAAAUUGGCCCCCACAAGAUCGCCGUGGUCGGCUAUUACCAAGAGCAGGGUCUGGCAGCAUCUGGCAGUAUGGCCGCAGAAGUCAGGAGAGACCUACCCCGUCUCCAAUUUGGACUGUUGGUCGGAAUCGCUGGCGGAAUCCCUUCAUCAGCCAAUGAUAUGCAAUUGGGAGAUGUAGCAGUUGCAGUUCCAGAGGGUGAUCGCCCAGGGAUUGUUGGAUAUGAUCUGGGGAAGGCCGGAGAAGAUGAUUGUUUUGAACUAAAGCACUGGCAGAACUCAACAGAUCCGAUGCUUCGUUCGGUGAUUAAUGUGAUUCGAGCCCGAGAGGAUUCGCGGUUCUGGCGGCACCUUCGUGUCGUGGAGAAUCGUCCAGAGUUUCGAAGGCCAGAGAAUACGUCUGAGACGAAUCGUAUAUAUCCCAAGGUGCAUUAUGGGACUAUCUUGUCCGGCAAUACUGUGAUCAAGUCCCAGUCGAAGAGGGACCAGCUAAGGGAACUAUACGGGGGGAUUGCAGUGGAGAUGGAAGCUGCCGGCAUUAUGACCAGGCUACCGGUGGCUGUCAUCCGAGGAAUCAGCGAUUUUGCAGAUUCGUCCAAGAACAGCACAUGGCAACCGUACGCUGCCAUUGCAGCAGCGGCAUAUGCGAAAGAAGUCCUCCUAUCUUACCCUGCGAAGCUCAAACGCUUGAAACAGGGUCUUCAGCCUCAGAAUACAAAUUCGACACCUUUUGCGGACAAACGGAUGCGCUUGGCAAAGGCGUUGCCCGAAAGAUGGGCAUUCGUGGGGAGAGAAGAGGAGUUGGCCUUUCUCCAUUCAGAACUAGGCUUUCCAUCUCAGUCAUCCAUUCAGAAACAUGCCGUUGGCCUUUGGGGCCUGACUGGAGUUGGGAAAUCUCAGCUGGCCGCGAGAUUCGUGCAUCAGCAACUAUCAAGCUACCCUGAGCGGGAGAUCUUCUGGAUCAGUGGGGAGAGUCGGGAUAGCUUCGAAGAAAGCGUUAUCAACAUGCUUAAAUCUAGACAGGAAAGCAGCAGCACGGCUACGUCUCAUUCUGCGCUAUUACCUGUCAUACCCGAGGGAGAACGACGUGCUCUCGUGAAUCUCUUCUUUGCUGAGCUCAACCGUCUGAAUGACGGGAGAUGGCUGCUGAUCAUUGAUGGAGUCAACCAAGCUAACUCUACCGCUACGCAAGAAGCCCACUCCUAUGAUAUUCAUAGUUAUGCGCGCGGACUAACACGAGGAUCGAUUCUGCUCACCUCUCAAAGACGUGAUGUAGUCGAAAGGUAUCACCCGAUUCGGGAAGUGAAAGGCCUCAAGGACGGGGAUGCAAUGAGUCUACUCAAAUCUCAGAUUCACUCUCAUUCAAUGCAAGGAGCCCAGGACUUGAUAUCUCUCCUGAAAGGACUUCCUUUAGCACUACGUCUUGCCAUCUCCGUUAUAUGUCGCUUUCGCGUUGAGGUCCAGGAAUAUCUGGAGAUGUGGAAAAGUCACGGCGAUGUUAGCGAGAUACUGGGCACAGAUGAAACUUUAUACCGCUCCAUGGAGCUGAGCUUGGAAGAUCUCGAAAGCUCCUAUCCCGUUGCUGCCAAUCUUCUAGCUCUAUUCAGUUUCCUGGAUCAUCGUGAUUUCUGGUACGAGCUAUGCCUGAACGCCGCUGAUGAUACGUUCCCCCAAUGGCUGCAGAAUCUAGCAGGGAACAAGACACCAUUCAGGCAUUACUACCCACUCUUAGCCGAUCUCUCAUUCAUCGAGCUGAAAAUCUCCGCGAAUGGCAGCCGCACAUGGGAAACGCACCCAGCCAUCCAGGCAGUGGUCAGACGGAGAUUCCAGGAAAAGGAACGUGAAUAUAUUCGGUCCGCGAUAUCACUCGUAGCAGACCAAGUUCCCCGGUCAUCGAUGGCAAAUUCCUGGCCUACCAUACGACGACUCUUGCCUCAUGCCCAGAUAUGCUGGAGUUACGUCAAAGCAGGCAAAUGGGGAUCCAGCACUAACCUUACCGAACUGGAAAGUCUCGCCCGUGUUUUCCGACAAACCGGGCAUUACGAAGAAGCUUCGAUAAUCUACCGAAUGAUCGCACGCGGCCUUGAUAACCACUCUCAUACCCCGGAGAGCCUUGAAUUUUUCGCCGACGUACUCGCAAACCUGGGCCUAGUUUAUACGCAUCAACACAAAUCUGAAGCUGCUCUCGGGUCCUUUGAUAGGUCAUCCAGUAUCAUGAGUGAGCUUGGGACUCUAACGCCUCACGCAUCGAUGUCGAUCAUGUAUAAUAAGGCAGUGGUAUUCAUGAUGACCGAUCGCCUGGAUGAAGCAGAGACAUACCUGCGAGAUGCGGCAGAAUAUUUCGCUUAUGAUACAUCCGAAAACACACUAAUUGAGGACGAGCGGAGGUCCUUGUAUUUUCGAAUCUUAAACGAUCUGGGCGAAGUCAUGCUACGAAAGGGCUCUAUUCCGGAAGCAUUACGAGUUUUUCAACAUGUGUACUACGGUCUGGGGGACUUCAGUCGGCAGGGUGAUCCCCAGCCUGCCCAGAUUUCACUCAAAUUGAACAUGGGUAGAGCUCUUACCAGACUUGGAGAUUUCUCAAAGGCUCGAGAACUUCUCGAAGAAGUUAUUUCGAUUUAUACCGAGUGGUGGGGAAGGCGACACCCGGAAACAAUGCGAGUGAUUGACGAGUUGGCCUGGACUUUAAUGAACGAGUGCAAAGAUAAGCAGGCCAAGGGGGAUGAUAUCGAUUCAGAGGUGCAGCAUUCAGGAGAGCUUUGGAACGAAGCUUUGGACUUUUAUCGGCGCAUUGGGGGGGAUGCGUCUGAUACGGUGGCUAGAAUUGAAGCUAAUCUGAGCCAGCUGUUUUCCAAUAUAGGGAACUCUUUACCUCUCUAUCUACCAUCGCCGAAUUCAACUAGCUAG